UAUUUCACAAAACUUGUCACUCUUCCCUUUCCUAAAGGCCAACAAUAACAAAAGAAUCAGAACAAGAAUAGUCAAGUUUCUCUUACUCCUUCUUUCUUCUCAAAAAACAGAGAAAAACAGAGAGAAUUCAUAGAAAAUAUGUGCAAUUCUAAUGGUGAUUGCAGGCCCUUAGGUUUUCUCUUGGGUCUUCCCUUUGCAUUUCUCUGCCUCCUUAUCUCAAUCAUUGGUCUUAUUGUAUGGAUCGUUGGGUUGACUCUUACAUGCAUAUGCCCCUGCUGUUUGUGCUUGACAGUAAUUGUGGAACUUGCUUUGGAAUUGGUAAAGGCUCCACUUCAUGUCAUGGAAUGGUUCACUUCUAAGAUCCCUUGUUGAUUUUCAGCUUAUUUUACUUUACCAAUUAUUGUAUCAUAGAGUUCUUUAGAUUUGUGUUUAUUUCAAUUCAUUUUCAUCUUUUGUUUUUUAUCAUUAGGCCGGUUUGAAUCGAUUUAUUUGGGUUUAUAUACUGACAUAGAUACUCGUCGUGAGAUUGUUUGCCGGAACUUAUGGAAAUUGUUUAUGAUAUGUCUAUAGAUUAUUUUUAGCUUAUUUCUAUAAGUUUAGUUGGAACUUAUAGAAAGCACUUAUAAUAUUGGUUAUUAGAACUUAUGAAAAUAGUUUAUGAUA